AUGUUCCAGAAAAAGCCCAAGAAGCAGGAGGAAGCAAAUGAACCAAAGAACCUGGUGGAGUGGGCCAAGGGCAAGUCGGCGUGUUCUUUCUGGGGUGCCAAACUCAACCGGCGCCUGAAUCAAUGCGACUGUGGAACCAGUUUCACUGCCAACAAGAGGUUGAGCAGGGAGUGUAUCUCUCAAAAAGCCGGCCUUGUCGAUUUUAGCCCUUCUCUCAUCUUGGAAGCAGACCCUCACAUACAGUUGUGGGACCCAAAGUGCAAGUGCGUGACAAAACGUCAGGAAGGUUCUGAUCAAGACCGAGCCAUGCUCGCGGAAAAGGUUCAAGGGGUCGCAGCAGUGGACUUCUGCCGGAAUCUGUUCGCGGGCGCUGACCAAGCAUCCAAACAUGACCACUUCUACGCGUAUUGGGAGUGGAAGACAGAUAUCCAGAAUAGGGUCAACGAGAUGCUGAGCAUGCACCGCUGCCAAGAACAGCUGCCAGACCCUAAGAAGAUCGAAGACCUUCUGGAAAGCGGGGGGAGCUUGACGUUGAAGCAAGCUUGGGAGAAGGUUUGCUACGACGAGUGUGAAGAUCUUCUGAAUGAGCUGCGUGAGACGAUGGAGACUGUGGUGAAGACAGGAGGCCUGAGGAAAAACUCCUGGAGCGAGAUCUGUGUGGAGCAUGUCGUCAAGAAGGUUGAGUCGCACUUGUUGGGCUGCUGCGGCAGAAGCUGUGGCUGGAACGGGAGGACAUGCCUUCACUGGCCCUUCAUCCCGCCUGCCGAGCAGGACGCUUGGAAAGCUGAGUGUUGUGUUGAAGCAAACAUAGAGCGCGGCUCAGCGAGGGAGCAAAUGUGCCUGAGUAUCCUGCCGGAUGAGCAAGCGCAGCAGAAGUAUGUGGAGGAGGACUUGAAAGAUCCAGAUCCAGGCUUUGCUUCAAGUCUUGGAGAAGAUGAGCAUUUG